GGCUCCGGCUGCCGCCGCUGCUCCGCUGUCAAGAAUCAAGACUGAAGACUAACUUAAGUAGGCCUAAACGAAACUAGCUUAACUACUUAAUUAACUAAAAGAGACCAAAGAAAAGAAAGAGAGUGCUAAGCUUUUUAAGGAUCUAUCUUGUUUGAUUUUCAUCUAGUUUUAUUUUGUUUUAUGUUUUAGUAAACUUAGGAGGAGCCAAGUUCACCACAUUUUUGUGUUUGAGCUUUGUUUGGCUCAGUAAAAUCAGAAUAGUGAAUAGUCAGAAACAAAAUAGAAUACAGUUUGGUGUGUCCUGUCUACUACAGUACUAAAACUUUGUUCUCGAGCAAGUUAUGCUUGAUGAUUAGAUAUUUCUAUGCUAACCAGCUAAGUUAGCCUAUAUAACGAGGAAUUCCUAUUCGAAUUUGAGCAGUAUCGAUUUUCGAUCUGUCAAGCAAGAUGAGCCAUCAGAAAACAAUAAAAGCAUUUUUCCAGCCAUCCAUUGAAAAAAAAGCCCCUAAAAGAAACAUUUCUGACGUUGAAAAUAUUGACAACACUAAUGUGAGGGAAUCUGUCAAAAUACUUAAAUCAAAUAACGAUGAGGAAUUGAGGAAUGCUGAUCCCACAAAUAAAGAUGAAUCAAAACCUUCAGAAGAAAAGAAGCUAGAAACGGUUGUUAGUGAAGAAAUGGCGCUUAGGAUUGCUAAUAAUAAACUUAGUGCAGAAUUAAAGCUUAUGAGUAAGACACACCCUGCUUUACAUUCCAAUGUUGGUUUGACUUGGUUUGAAGCACUGAAAGAUGAGUUCUCUAAGCCAUAUUUUAAGAAGUUGAGCAAGUUCCUUGUUGAAGAAAGACAGAAAACCACUCCUAUCUUCCCAAGGCCAGAGGAAGUGUGGACUUGGACUCGCGAAUGCAGAGUUGAUGAGGUCAAAGCUGUCAUACUUGGACAAGACCCUUACCACCAUCCAGGACAAGCUCAUGGUUUGAGCUUCAGUGUUCCUGUUGGAGUUUCACCUCCACCAAGCUUACUCAAUAUGUACAAAGAGCUAGAAAAUGACAUUGGUGGCUUCAAGAGGCCUGGACAUGGCUAUCUCAUUGGCUGGGCAAGACAAGGUGUGCUACUGCUAAAUGCUGUGCUGACAGUCAAGUGUAGAACUCCCAACUCUCACAAGGACCAGGGCUGGGAGAAACUGACAGAUGCAGUGAUCAAACAUCUCAACACCAACGGCAAAGGCAUAGUCUUUCUGCUUUGGGGAUCCUACGCUCAGAAAAAAGCUGAAUUUCUUGAUCAGAAAAAACACCACGUGCUGAAGAGUGUGCACCCCUCUCCCUUAUCUGCAUCCAGAGGAUUUUUUGGAUGUAAACAUUUCUCCAAGUGCAAUGAAUUACUUGUAAGCCAGGGCAAGAAUCCAAUUGACUGGAGUUGUCUCCCGACCCAAUAGAUGUGAACGCUUAUGCUAAGUUAAUUGUACUUAUGAUGGAGAUAGAAGAAUCCCACCAAAGCAAUAGAUUCCCAUGAUUAGUUAUAGGCUACUAAAUAUAUCAAGUCCAGAUAAAUUCUACGUGUUAUUCUAUAGGAGAUUACAAAAAAGUAAUCUCAGUCAAAUUGUUUUGUAUACAGAUCUCAUGAUUUAGAGUUAAUGUAGAAUUAUAACAAAACAAUAUUUAAAUACAGCCGCUUGUGCAAAUGAGUUUCGAGUCCCCAAGAUGAAAUUUAAAGUGGAACCUCGAUAGCAAGACCCAUGAUAACAAUUCAACCUUUAUAAUAAAUGUAAUUUUCAAAUCCCCUUGAAUUUUUUUACCCCUAAGUUAAUCAUAUGUUAUUGCAAACCUCGAUAAGAAGUCAACCUAUCGAGGUUCUAUAAACUUAUUGAGAAUAAGAAAAUGCCUUGUGGGCAAAAAUUUAUCAGUAUACAUUUAUUUAUCAAGAACUACAAAAAAAAAAAAGGUUUCAAGAAUAAAUAUGUUGCUUCGAAUUACAUAAACUUACUCAUUUUGAAAGUAGUUUUAUAUUUCAUUGUGCAUUAGAAUAAACUUGUAACAGAUUAAUGUGAUGAUAUCAUUUGAUUGAUUUUGAGUUUAAAUCAUUGUUUGAAUGCAUUUUGAAACCCAGACAUGGUGGUCCUACAGCUGGUUAUUUAUUUGAUCUAAUAGACUUCUCAAAUUGUUACAAAUGAAGGGACUCAUAAAUAACCAUUCUUUCGAUUGGAAUAAAAACCAAAUCAUGCAAGUUAUGCUAAAUAAUAAGCCAGUUGGGUGUAGUCAGAAAUGCCAAAUGUUUCAUAAUAUUGUACUAGGCCUUUUCAAAAUUUAUUUUGACAGUGAUUGAUAAUAAUUGUAAUAUAACAUUAUUGAUAUUGUAUCCUAUUUGUAAGUUGUUGUGCCUUAUAGUUUUGUAAAAUAUAUAUAUAUAUGUAGGUAUAUACAGCUCAUGUAGGCUACUAAGGUUCGUUAAAAACAUUUUGCUGGGAGAGUGUGUUUUGCUUUCCCUGGCUGACAAUACUUAUCUUGGUAACAUCUUAUCUUAGCUUAUAAUAGUUUCUUGACAUCCAUUUAGUAAUGGUGAAAACCAUAAAAUUUUAAGCUUGAAAUGUCAAAACUUAAAAAAAUAAAACAAUAAACUCUAC